CUCUCUCUCUCUCUCUCUCUCUCUCUCUCUCUCUCAUUUGUUCUUGAAUUUCAAUCUUCAACAAGAUUUUUUUAUUUUUAUUUAUUCAUAUCUGGUUACUUGUUUCCAUCAAAUUAAGAUUUAGUUUGAUCCACAUGGGCUCAAGCUUGUGCUGCUCUCGCCAUCCAGAUACCUAUGAAAGUACCACCGGUGACCGGUGCUUGCCAACAGACGAUGACAAAUUUCUAUCGGAUGCAAGCACGUUCUCCCUGAAGGAGCAAGAGCAUCAGCUUAAGGCAGCGCGAUUGGAGGAGCAAAGACUUGGCCGUGAAGCCGAGAAAGUCAACUCAUGGGUCAAACACGAAUCAGCCAGGUUCGACCACCUUCCAUAGUUGACCAUUGUUUUGACAAAGCUUUCUUAUAUUCUUGUAAAACUGUUAAAAAGGCUCAUGUAUAGGCUAGCUCUGUAUAUUUAUACGAAACACAAACCAAUAUAUAUAGAUUAUAUAUAUAGACAUGCUUUUGACAUCAAGACAUGAUACAUAAUGAUACAUGCAAAUUAAGUGGGCUGGGAAUUAUAAACAAAACGAGAUUGCCUAAUGUAUGUAACAUGUUACAUUUGAGCUUUAUCAGAAGUUUCAUAAUCAAAAUUAAUCGGAAACUUUUGGCACAAAUCUCUUGUAUACUAGUGUAAGUUUCUUACAAUUUCAAAUGUCCAUUUCGAAUGAUGGUUCUGAUCAGACUGUUUCGAACUAAGUUAUAUUUUAGAACCAGUAAUAAACAUC